GGUGGCGGGCACCGUAGAGGUGCACUUCGAGAACAAAGAUGGCGGCUUCUUCCUCAAGCACACGCCGCGCCAGUACUACCAGGCCGUGGCGGACCUGGCGGGCGGCGGCGGCGUGGGCGGCGGGAUGGGCGAGCGGCGCGGGGGCGGCGGCGGGGGCGGCGCCGGCUCCUCCGUGCUCAGCGUGGACCGCUUCACCGUCUUCCAGACCUCGCAGCCCAUCUCCAUACGCGCCACCUACGGGCCCUUCUCCACCAAACAAACGGUGCCCGCGCGCUACAUCGUGCCGGACCCGCUGGACGCGCUGCCGCUGCCGGACCCGGCGGCGCGGCCGUCCAACGCGUCGCUGAGCGCGGCGUCGCCGUCUGCGGCGGCGGCGGCCGCGGCGGCGCUGCUCGACCUGGACCUCUCGGCGGCGGCGUCGCACCACCUGGACAUGAGCGCGCACGUGGUGCGCGGCGCGGUGGCGCGCGACUCGCCCGUGCUGCGCGUGCUGUUCCACGCCGGCGCCGACCCCGGCGCGCGGCGCCGCCUGCUGCUGGGCCGCCACCGGCGCGUGUGCAUCGUGCUGCACGCGUCGCUGGGCGAGCGCGCGCCGCUCACGGCCGCCUGCAGCCCCGACGGGGAGGACGGCGUGUGCCUGGCGCAGGUGACGGUGCCCGCGGCGUGGUGGGCGCCGCUGCCGCCGCCCGACGCCAGCGGCAGGCCCGGCAAGCCCGUCAAGACGCCGCAGCGGCUCGU